ACUUCUGCGGUAUAAUUAUUCGGUUGCGUUGGUUUCUGUUAACGUCCUCAUUCGAUGACGUGUAUCAUAUCAAAACUGUAACGAUAUCGAUGAUAACAACACCUACACCGAAUAUUAUGUUGAAUACGUACGGUGCUUAUAAAGUGUUUAAGUAUAUUUAGACGACGUUUAACGUAAAAAUGCAGAAAUCGAUUUUGUAUUUAACUCAGUUCCUUACAUUAUUCAGCAUAUUUCAACAAGGAUUGAGCUAUUUUUUGACUGUUGACGCUCAUGCUGAAGAAUGUUUUUUCGACAAAGUGGAAGUUGGGUCUAAAUUGGGUUUGAUGUAUGAAAUAUCUGAGGGUGGUUUCUUAGAUAUUGAUGUAAAAAUUAUCGAUCCUGAUGGUGAAUUGAUAUAUGAAGGAUUAAGAGAGUCUAGUGGAAAGUAUACAUUUGCUGCCACUAAGAAAGGGGCAUACACAUACUGUUUCAGUAAUCAAAUGUCAACAAUGACACCAAAAGUAGUGCUAUUCAGUAUGGAAGUAACAAAACCAGAAAAAGUAGAUUUAGAAAAAGAUAGCCAAACUGGCGAAGAGGGCGAACAUAAAAAAUUAGAGACCAUGCUUCGAAACCUAGGAUCUGCAUUAACUAGUGUUAAGCAUGAACAAGAAUACAUGAAUGUCCGUGAUAGAAAUCAUAGAGCUAUAAAUGAAUCUACAAAUAAACGUGUUGUUAUGUGGUCUUUCUUUGAAUCGUUUGUAUUGCUUUCAAUGACUGUUGGUCAAGUUUACUAUUUAAAACGAUUUUUUGAAGUCAGAAGAGUUGUAUAA